AUGAAGAACUGGUGUUCUCAUCUGGGCAGGAGUGGAGUGCAGUUUCAAUAUCGCAUAGAUCUGUUUUAUCAAUACCCCAAUCGAGAGUCAAACCAUGACAAUGCAACGUCCGGAGAGUGGAGCUUGGAGGCGCCAACUUGUCUGCAGAUGGGUCGAAUACUAGAGGCCUCUGACAGAAGGGAAGAAGCCCUUACGCCUUCUUACAGAGGCCGGCUUUCUGUGUUUGGUCUAUGGGGCCAGAAGGCCUUCAUGUCUGCCCCAGUGAGUUCAGUGCAGUUUUGGCGUGUCGAUUCCUCGCCACCAAAUGGAGCCUCAAUCAGACAUGAGAGCCCACAUUUGUGGGCAAAAGGGGUUUUGAAAGAACCCAAUUUUAGUCUUGGCGCUCAUCUUUGGACAACACGCUUCGCUGAUUGUGUUGUAGAAUGUUUCAUUGUCACUUGA